CAGGUGUCCGCUUUAACAUUAAUCAUUGAAAUGAUUAUGAUGUAGGAGGGAUGAAUUGUAAAGCUAAGUACCAUGUCUAGGUGGGGAUGAAGCAGUAGAAGGGGAAGUUCUCAUAUAAGCUUGACAAACCGAAGAUCUGAUUGAAUCAUAUUAGUUGAAAAUGACCGCGAAGAGUGUGGGCGAUACAGAAGUGGCCUCUUCGGAGGGAGGACCUCUGAAUCCACCAGGAACAGUUGGGACUCGACAUUGGCAGAUAUUCCUGAUGUUCUUGGGUAUGAUGAUGGCGUAUGCACUUCGAAUAAACAUGUCCGUGACAAUUGUUGCAAUGGCGGACUCUUCUUCAGCAAAUGUCGACUUCGAAACGUACGAUUGGAACGAGUGGACCAAGUCUAUCAUCCUGAGCUCCUUCUUCUGGGGUUACACCAUAACGCAACUUCCGAGUGGUUACCUCGCUCAGCAUUGGAGUGCUCAAAGACUCCUGUCAAUUGGAAUGUUCAUUUGCAGCAUUCUCAACAUGCUCGUUCCUUUGGCAGCCAAGUAUGGCGACUGGGGUGCAGUUUGCGCUUGUCGGGUGGGAAUGGGACUGUCACAGGCGUGCCUUAUGCCAAGCCUACACACCAUGCUGUCAAAAUGGGUUCCACCUACUGAGAGAGCAAGACUGGGAACGUUUGCGUACGCCGGUGCUCAAUUUGGCACUGUCAUUGCUAUGCCAAUUUCUGGAUAUCUCGCUGCUUCGUCAAUUGGGUGGCCUAGUGUAUUUUACGUCUUUGGAACUGUUUCAUUGUUAUGGACUAUUUUGUUUUACAUUUGUGGUGCGGAUUCACCAGCCCAAAGUAAAAUGAUCAGUUUCGACGAGAAGAAGUUCAUUCAGCACAGCUUCAACGCUGAAAGCACCAAAUCCGAAGAGAAACACGUGACACCAUGGGUAAACAUCUGCACGUCAAUGCCAAUGUGGGCAAUCAUCAUUGCCCAUUGUGGUCAGAGUUGGGGUUUCUGGAUGCUACUGACGGAAAUUCCGAGCUACAUGAAUGCCAUUCUGUCCUUCGACAUUAAAAAGAAUGGAUUGAUGUCUGCCUUGCCUUAUCUAACGAUGUGGCUUCUGAGCUUCCCGAUUAGCUGGUGUUCCGAUUACGCUCUAAAGAAAGGUGCGACAAGAUCUUUAGUGCGGAAGAUCUCCAACACAAUUGCUCACUGGGGCCCAGCUGCCGCCCUGGUCGCCCUUUGCUUUGCACCAGCAGACAACGUGGUACUCGUAGUGGUUAUACUCGUCUUCGCCGUCGGAUUGAACGCAGGAUCGAUGUGUGGAUUUCAGAUCAAUCAUAUCGACUUGAGUCCAAAUAAUGCCGGCAGUAUGAUGGCCAUAACGAACUGUGCGGCUGCCGUGGUCGCCAUUGUUUCUCCUCUCAUCGCAGGUGUGAUCAUCACAGAUGAGAACAACGUCAGUCAGUGGCACAUCGUUUUCUACUUGACAGCUGCCAUCUACUUUAUUGACAAUUUAAUAUUUAUUAUCUUUGGCCGUGGAGAAGUCCAAUGGUGGAAUGAUCCAUCUGCAAAGAAGCCACUGAAAUGAGCUUCAGGAAACAAAAGAAAUAAUAAAAUACGAACUAUAUGCUAUUAAGCAAAUCAGUGGUGUUAGGAUACCAGAGUACCUGGAUCGAUUCGAUGAUCCGCCUAGUGAGAAUUUGCCAAAUAUAACUAAGAAGCUUUAUGCUCAAAACAUUUGUCAGUGAACAAUUGUAUGUACAAAUUUCUGUAAAUAUCAUUCUUAGCAAUACAGACAUUUUAUAUAA